AUGACUGCCGCCGUCCGACCGAUACAUUGCUGGCCGUGCUCACUGCCUGCUUUCCUGCUGUUCCUUCUGGUCGUCUCGUUGAUUCCUGAUACUGAGCGCGUCAACAUACAAGAUCGUUUCGUUCCUUCCUUCCGCAACUAUACAUAUAUCUGCACAUGCAAACGCUCCGCCAUGAACCUGCUUGAUGGACCAGUCACCGCCAGAGCAUCCCGACAUCGGUCCAGCCUCUUGUCGGCACCUUGCAACCAAUUGAUUCUAGGAGGGAGUAAUGUCAAGUCCAUCUUCAGCAAUAUCUCGGUCAGAUACCUCGGCAUCCUUUUGAGAUUCUGGCGCCGUUUUCUGCGAUGGGACCUGUCGUCCUUGAGCUUGAAGCUUGAAGCUUCGAAGAGAAAUCGAUCCUUUGGAGUUGGAGAUCAAAAAGAACGUGUCUCGUGGCUGCAAUAUCAUACUUUCAUAAGCGCCUUAGCGCCUAUCCGCCCCGAACCCUCAUCCCUGGCAGGUCUACGCCAGUGGGGCAACCCCAUCGAUGAUUCGCAGAUGGCGACCGUGAACAUCUGGAGAUAA